AGAGCCCGCAGUCUCUUUGGAAACUUCUGCCGGGGGUUAAAAAAGAGCUAGAAAAGAGCUGCAAAGCUGUUUGGGCUUUUUUUUUUCUCCCCCCACCCCCCUUUUUUUUGUUCCUUUUCGCUACCCUCUCCUCGGUCUGCACCCUUCUCCGGACUUCACGCAGAACCUGCGGGUUUCGAAGAGGUGGUGACAGAGGGGGAGAAAAGAGGUGUUAGGGUCCAGGUUUGGCGCGAUCUGGGUUUUUUCCCCCCGUUUUUGUUUUGUUUUGUUUUGUUUUUACCCCUUGAUUUCAACAUUUUCCCCCAUCUUCUUGGCAGCCGCCGAUCCUCUUACCUGUUCUGCGGCAGCCGCGUAUGAGGUAGCUCAGGCUUAGGGGACGAGGGGCGCGGUCUAGACUUUAAGCAAAAAGAGAGAGAGAGAGAGAGAGAGAGAGAGAGAGAGAGAGAGAGAGAGAGAGAGAGAGAGAGAGAGAGAGAGAGAGAGAGAGAGAGAGAGAAAGCCAAAUCCAUUUUUUUUCUUCACCUCCCCCUUUUCCACAGCCUCCAAGCUCAUUAUUUCCCUUGCCUUGGGGUGAGCAUUUCUGUGAUUCCCCCUGUCCCCCCGCAACUCUGACCCGAUCCCGCCUAGGGGUUUCUUCGGUCUCCGCUCACUCUGUGUGCACCUGGCGCGCCUCUUUUUUUUUUUUUUUCACCCCAACCUGUUGCAAGUCUUUAAUCCUUGCAAUUGGGACUUGACUGCAGGCACCUGAAUCCUUCUUGCCUAGCAUUUUGCAAGUGUCUGGGGGAGGGUACCUGCUCUACCUGUAAGAGAUUUAAAAAAAAAAAAAAAAAAAAAAUCUCCAGGCGCCUUCUUGACCCCUUUCUCCACGCACUCUCGCUCUCCCGCCCCGCCCCGAGGUAAAGCGAGACCCGGAGAAAAUGGUGCUCAGCGCGAUCCUCCUGCUGCUGGCCGCCUAUGCCGCGCCGACUCAGGGCCUGGGCUCUUUCGUGCACUGCGAGCCCUGCGACGAGAAAGCUCUGUCCAUGUGUCCCCCCAGCCCUCUGGGCUGCGAGCUGGUCAAGGAGCCUGGCUGCGGCUGCUGCAUGACUUGCGCCCUGGCGGAGGGGCAGUCGUGUGGCGUCUACACUGAGCGCUGCGCCCAGGGUCUGCGCUGCCUCCCCCGGCAGGACGAGGAGAAGCCGCUGCACGCCCUGCUGCACGGCCGCGGCGUGUGUCUAAACGAGAAGAGCUACGGAGAGCAAACCAAGAUAGCAGAGAGAGACUCUCGCGAGCAUGAGGAACCUACCACCUCCGAGAUGGCUGAAGAGACCUACUCCCCCAAGGUCUUCCGUCCCAAGCACACUCGCAUUUCCGAGCUGAAGGCCGAGGCCGUGAAGAAGGACCGCAGGAAGAAGCUGACCCAGUCUAAGUUCGUGGGGGGUGCAGAGAACACCGCCCACCCCCGAGUCAUCCCUGCGCCUGAAAUGAGACAGGAAUCUGAACAAGGCCCCUGCCGCAGACACAUGGAAGCUUCCCUGCAGGAACUCAAAGCCAGCCCACGCAUGGUGCCCCGCGCUGUGUACCUGCCCAACUGUGACCGCAAAGGCUUCUACAAGAGAAAGCAGUGCAAGCCUUCCCGUGGCCGCAAGCGUGGCAUCUGCUGGUGUGUGGACAAGUAUGGGAUGAAGCUGCCGGGCGUGGAGUACGUCGACGGGGACUUCCAGUGCCACGCCUUCGACAGCAGUAACGUUGAGUGAUGCGUCCCCUCCCGUCCUCCCCCUUUCCUACCCCCAGCCCCAACUCCAGCCAGCGCCUCCCUCCACCCCAGGACGCCACUCCUUUCAUCUCAUUUAGGGGAAGCACAUAUACAUAUAUAUUUGAGGAAACUGAGGACCUCGGAAUCUCUAGCAAGGGCUAAAGGAGACACUCCCCACCACCACGAACCCGGAAAUGUUAUUUCUUUUUGAAGCAAGUUGGAUGGACAGAGAAGGGAAGAAGAAAAAAAGAAGAAAAAGAGCGAGAGGGAGCAAGAGAUGGAAGAGAAAGCAUUGGUGUAGAAGAGAGAGGGUGACAGGUUAGGGUUACAGAGAGAAAAGAGAAACAGCAAGACAGAAAGGGCCCUACAGCCAGGGCUGGAUCUGUUCUUCGCUUCCAGCUCUUGGGAUCAGGGAGAGGCUGGGACACUUAAAAGCGUGGCAUUCAGUGACACCCUUUUUAGAUUGGUCAGGGGGAGGAAAGAAACGACAAAAUGUGUCAGUGCCUCUCUCUCGGGUCAGCAGUGUGCAUGGCUAGGCCCCUUACCCACCUCUCCCCUUACCCAAGUGCAGGGUGGUUUACCCCUAAAUUUAAAACGACCAAAUGCAUUCCAUCCUCUGAAAACAAAGAAAAUUGAGCGACUGCAGAUAGGUGUUUUGUUUUUGUUUUGAGUGAAAUCCGUAUGUGUACAAAUUUCACUCUUGUUGGAGAUUUUUUUUUUUCUUUUUGGAAAUCAAUACCUGCCCCCAACACUGGAAAGACUUGAUUUUUUUUUUUUCCAGAGUGACAGACAGCAAGCAUUUAGAAGCAUGUGGCUUUGGUCCUUGGUUUCACUACACUCACAGCUGGCCAAACAGCCUCUGUGGAGGAGGAUGGCAGGUGGAGAAAAUAAAGGGGCUUGAACUUACCUACAAGGCUCCAUGUAGACAUAUAUAGGCAUAUAAAUCUAUUUACUUUAUUUUUUCCCCUCUUUUCUUUCUUUCAAAGUUUUGCAUUACCUCUUCAAAGUAGUUUCUUUAGGACACUGAAGAUCUUCCUCAUUCUGGGAAAAAUCCAUAUUUUACUAAUACAACCCAGAACACCAGCCUAGCCUGCUUCUGGGCAGCCUUUCCCAUGAGCCUGGAGUUCGGCUCUAUUGUGAGGCACUCAUUGUGAUCUUCUCACGAUUCCCAACCGGUGGGUAAAUGUAUCCACCAAGCCAGGCAGCUGUCGCCUCCCAAGGAUGUAUCAGCUCUGCAGCCCAGGACAUCCCAUUUCAGCCCCGCAACCCUCAGAAAGUAACUGUCUCACCAGAUCCAUCUUUAACCCACUGGCCCGCCCAGGCCUUUCCUUCUAUCUGGUCAGAACCGCAUUUUGAAAGCCUCCUUCACAUGCCAGGCCCACAGAUCAGAGGGAAACUGACAUGAGAGAUGGCUGAGGCAGAGGCAGGGGGUGGGGACAAGGGGGAACCUUCCACAGAGAGAAAUAAAAGGUGGAGCAGAGAUGAGGAUCUGGGGGAGCAAGAGAGCGACAGAAGGAGGGAAAUACCAAUAGAAUUUCCCUUGGCUUCUCCCAGCUGAGGAAAAUGGGGGGAAUGGGUUCUGAGGUAGACAUGAGCUCAGUGCAAGUCACAGGGCCCAGAUGGUGGGUAACUGAGGCAGGAUCUAGACUUGAGAAGCAUUGUUGGAAACAAGGAUCAAAAGCCUGACUGGGUACUGAAGGGACAAGUGGAUGCGCUCAGACACCACAACCUCAGGUCAACUUCGGCCCACGAGGAGGGACUGAGGCCAAAGAACCUUUCAAGCGCUUCAUCGACUCUGCCCAGUCCAAACAUCCUCCCUGGGCUGGAUGAUGCUGUAAAGCCCAGGAGAACUCAGGCCUAGAUCUUCACGGCUUGUUAUCAUUCGCCAGCCAGAUUUUGAUCCGGGGGGGGGGGGGGGGUAGGAAUCUCAUUGUCCCCUGGCUUCUUCAACAAAGGGCUUAGGACUGUCCUUGAAGACUGAAGAUAGCCUGCCAGGAGAGGGGACUAGGACAUUUGGUAUAGGAGGCCCCUUCUUGCUGCGGACAUGGCUCUUUGCUCUUUCUUGAUGGCACAGCAUGGUAGAGGCCCCCUCCAACACUGAACUUGGAGCAACGAAAAGGGAGACAUUUGUUGACUCCUAGGAAGUUGAUGGCUGCGGAUAUAUGAGGAUGCCCUGUAUUGCCUGGACAGGACAGCUGGCUGGGAACGGAAGAGGUACUUGAUCUUCAUAAGACAAAGGGCCUGACGGGGAUGGCAACAUGAGGACUUCCCAGACCUGCAGGGUCAGUGCACCCAUCUCCCUGCACAACGUCCCCGGCCCCCGACUCACACUUCAGUAUAUCUUAGGCCAGUAUAUUCUAAACCUUCUCCCUCCGUGACUCUCUUCUUUCUGCCAUUAUUUCUCUGGAUCUUGAACAGUCAUCUGACUGACUGAGAUUUGCCAAGUGGAUACUGGGGUACUGUUGCCCCUAAGAAAAGACUGAGCCAGGAACUGCCUACUCACCUACCCCUCCUGGGCCUGGAGCUGACUCCUGACAGGGGGUGCUCUCUUCACCCCACUACUUGCUGGACCUGGAAUGAGCCUCUGCCCCUUGCAUGGGCCCUUUGUUGUGAGCCACAGAUGGAGGACAUUGUACAGACACUUUGGCCUUCCCCAGUUCAGCCUACCUCCCCGGAACUUGUGAGUCUCCCCACUGCUUAGAGGGAGAAGCGUGUCUAGGCAGCUAGUCUCUCCCUACAGGAAACCUGCCUUUAACAGACAGAUGGAACUAAACUUUCCAAAUGGGGGGUCUGGCUGAACCCAGGAAACAAAGACCAUAGAAACGGGGUCAUCGAGAGAAGAGGGAUGCCCUUCUCCAUGGCACAGGGAGAGAAGGCAGGCUUGCAAUGGUCCCAUCAUGCCCUGAGCAAGAAGUUUCUUACUCCAGGCUACCUUUUGGCUCCAUUAGAGGUCUCUAAUUUGGGUUUAUCUACAGCCUAUCCUCAGCCCCACUCUCCCAUGGAAGACUUCUUCCCCACCCUUUUUGACAAAUGCCUCACUCAAGCAGUGGAAAAGAUAGCUCUCUUCCCCCACUACUGCCAGGUAACUGAGAGGGGCCUAGCCAGGACUGAUUCUCCACACCAGCCAGUCUUAACCAGCCAGAACAAAGCAGGGAACCUGGGGAAUCAAAGACUCUUAUGUUCCUCUGACGGCCAGGCCUAGACAGACAAGGCUUGGGAACAUCUGCCCCCCAGGAGGCCGAAGAGGCCAUCUGUGUUCAUCCUACCACGAUCUGUCUCCAUGGCAACAUCCUCACCAUCCUUCUCCCACCACCAAGCUCCUUAGAAGACCGGGUUGCCAUGGCAACCUCCAAACCACCUGCCCCUUCCAGGCAAGGCAGCAGUCCUUCUGCUCAGACCCCUAAAGGACUUUGGGUGGAAAAAAAAAACAAAACACAACUUUAGAGAGGAGUGAGUCGAGGAGAAGAAACCCUGUAGUCUUCUGGCUCUCAAGAGAAAAGAGUAGCUACCAUCUGAAGGAUGGUAGGAGAAGGGAAUGAGGUUUCAUCAGCCAGGAGCCCUGGGGGUUGUACUGUCGUUUAUUUUAAAACCACUAAAGUGCAAGUUUUCUUGCGCCGUUGUUACUCUGCCCUCUUUUCCCCUUUAGGUUUUUGUUUCUUUACACAUGCUUUCAUGGUUUUCUAACGGAGUACAGACGCUAGCAUUUCAGACUCUGGCCUCCUCUGUAAGUCUUGCUAAAUGGGGAAAAGGAAGGUGGAGGGUCAGAGGUGAAGGGGUUCCCUAGCCACCCUGCAGCCAUUCACCCCCCCUUCUCUGGUCCCUGUCACCAGCCUCUCAGCCCCAUCCCAACAUUAUCACUGUCACACAGUAGCCUGUCACAUGGGAUAGCACAGUUCAGACAAGACUCCUUCAGAUUCCGAGAUGCCUACCGGUUGUUUUUGGGCUUUUUUGUUUUGUUUUGUUUUUUUACAGCAGCAAUAACCACAGCACAUAUUACUGUAGCUCUUUGUAGUGUUACGUUCAGACACCAUAGCUCUGUUCUUUCUUCUUUUUUGUUUUCAACUUAAAAAAAAAUGCUUAUACUUUUUACUGGUGAAUUGGAUGAAAAAAAUAAAAAUAAACAACAAACCAGUUUGUGAAAAAACAAAAUGUGGGAAAAAAAAAUCACCCCCAAUGUGGAAGAGCUCGGCUCCUGUUUAGCAUUUUGUACUUAAGGAAAUAAAAAAGAAAAACUCAGAAGAUCUCACUUUUUAUUACAAAGUGAAGAUUGCUGUAUUCUAUUUAUUCAACAUAUAAUUUAUGCUACUCCUUGAUCUUUGUCUUUUGUCAUGACAAAGCAUUUAUUUAAUAAAGUUAUGCAUUCGGUUA